UGAGAUUCCGAAAACAGAAUGUGGGCAAUUCGUGCACGACAGCCUCCAGUCAAUGCGACCGUCUUCGCACGUCAACUCAGAGCCACCGGCAUUCGACCAACGGCUGGGAUCGGACGACGGCAUUAUGCUAGCGAGCGAGAAACUCCAGAAAGCCACCCACCAUCCUCAAAUUGGUUUAAAAACUCCCUGGGGUUUGCGGUGACAGGAACGGCAGUCUUCCUUGCAUACUCGUAUGCCACCAGGCCGGACGAGAGCGAAUUCCUGAAAAAACUUCCAAAGCAGUCAAAGCCGAUCGAAGACCUAUCCGCCGAAUACGUACAAAAGAAAGCGAGCUUAAAAAGCCCUGGCUUAUACAUAUGGGGUAAUAAUAAAUAUCGUGUUGUAGAUCCAGAGUCAAAAGAGUCUGUCAUAAAGACUCCACGGAGGCUGUCCUACUUUGACAGCAACGUACUCAGGGAUCUCAAGCUCGGAGAGACGUCUGGAGCUGCAAUUAUCGAGAAUGGUGAUUUGGUGCAAUGGGGCAAAGGCUACUCAGAAACCGAGUUCAAACCUACCAAGACCCUUACUGGAAAGAAUUUGAUUUCUCUGUCUAUGUCUCACGAUCGCAUUGUGGCACUCUCAUCAGACGGCAAAGUUUACUCGCUCCCGGUCUCGAAACAUGACCAAACAUCCGGGAAAAAGGCCGAGGAGAAAUCGUGGCUGCCUUUCUCCUCCGGCAAAUCUAGCAUGAGCUAUCGCCUAAUCCAGCCGAUCCUAAAGCUGGGAGAGAAGAUAGUAGCCAUUAGCGGUGGUCUGGAACAUGUCCUUCUGCUAACAAGCUCAGGACGAGUAUUCUCCGCAGUCUCGUCGACUGAAAAUUUCCCUUCCUUCGGACAACUGGGUGUCCCCGGGCUGACCUGGGCGACUAGGCCACCAGGGCCAGUGGAUGCUCCUCACGAGGUCAAGACGCCUAACGGCGUAAAGGUCGCGCAAAUCGCGACAGGCGAUUACCACUCAUUGUUGCUUACCAAGAAUGGCAACGUUUUGGCGUUUGGCGACAACUCGUUUGGGCAACUGGGGUUGGGAUUUGACCCGAAUUCUCCUUUCUUGGACACGCCCACUCCUAUACUUAUGGAGAGUCUUUACCGCGACAGCUCACGCUCUCCUAGGGCAACUGGCGUUGCGGCCGGAGGCGCAAACAGCUUCUUUACCGUGGACGUACACCAAGAUGGCCAAGGUCAAGGUUCCAAAUCACCAAGUAAGGUCAUAUCUGAUAUCUGGACCUGUGGACGGGGAAUCUGGGGUGCUCUCGGAAAUGGCAAAUGGACUCACUUGCAGGACCAUCCCACUCUAUUGAAGGCUCUCAGCGGGCUAGUUGAAUACGACGAAGCCACACAGAGGCUAUUGCCAAUCCGCUUGAAUGAUAUCUCUGUCGGUACAACACAUGUCGCAGCUGUUCUCGACAACCAAACGCGUCUAAAUCGUUCCGCGUCUUCUCUGGAGGGGGCCGACGACGCAGGUCUCGAUGUGGUCUGGUGGGGCGGAAAUGAGCACUUCCAACUUGGGACUGGCAAGAGAAGCAAUCUUUCUAAACCAGCGCAUAUCAAUGUGUCUCCGGAAACCGUAUCCCUUGAUGACAAAGAGCUCGCGCGACUCCAGAUUAUGCCUGCUUAUCGUGGAAUAGUUGGUGACCGGAGUGUUGACAUGCGACAGCGCGUUGAGUGCGGGAGACAUGUGUCUGCAAUUUACACUGCUUGUGCGAAGUAGUAGUUUGUGCUUUCUCGCGAUGAUGUACGAUAGUCUGUAUAAUAUCCCAA